AUGCCUUGCCUUAACCUCUCCACGAACGUCAACCUCGAUGGCGUCGACACUUCUUCCAUCCUCUCUGAAGCCACCUCCACCGUCGCCAAGCUCAUCGGCAAACCUGAGUCUUAUGUAAUGAUUGUACUGAAAGGAUCAAUUCCCAUGUCUUUUGGUGGGACUGAGCAGCCUGCAGCCUAUGGUGAAUUGGUGUCCAUUGGCGGUCUUAACCCUGAUGUGAACAAGAAACUUAGUGCUGCAAUUGCAUCAAUUCUCGAAACCAAGUUAUCUGUGCCCAAAUCGCGAUUCUUCUUGAAAUUCUAUGAUACAAAGGACCAUCAAAGUCAAGAAUAUGCACAGUGUUUGCAUGCUUUACACCAGCACUAGAUCAUGGUUCAAACUUUGGGUGGAAUGGGUCUACGUUCUAAACUCCAUUCGAAUGGUUGUGGUGCCUCGAUACUAAGUGCGGUGUUUGUUCUGUUUCCAACCACUGUUAUGACUAUGGAUGAUGUUAUAUUACGGAUAUCUUUGUAACUGGUGCAAUUGAAACUUGAUUAGCUGUUUGGAACAAACGUGGAUCCUUUCCUCGGGAGACUUCCCAGCGAUGGGACCUAGAUCAUUGUUAUUAUCGUACGGUCGUUCUGUUUAAGAGAAUGGUUAGUGCUGAUUCCCUGUUUUGUCCUAUUGUUAAAUUUAUUCUUUCUAGGUUAAAUUUGUUACGAAGUAA